GCCUGCUUGCAAACAGGUCGAAGCCAAGUUUGAGCAAGCAAAAGCUACAGGGACACACAACAGAUAACGAAAGCUUUGCGUUGCAAUUGGAGCGUUGUGCCCCCUCUCCUGCUACAGGGCCCCUAAGGAGCCCCCUUAUUGGAGGGCUCCCUGGGAGCUCGCUCCUGAUUGGCCAGCAGGCUGCUUCCUUGCAACUGGCUCAACUCAAAGCCCAGCUUGCACUCACGCAGAUAAACCACGCCUUCUCUGUUGGUGGCCGAGCUGCUACCUUGACAACCAACUCCAACAUAUCUACUCCCUACAUACGCACUGCACCCCCGUCCCCUACUGCUGCGGCCAUUAAUCUCCUCAACCUUCUGAAGAUUGCGAACACCAUGUCUCAUCCCCUGUAUAACCCCUAUGCUUCUGGGAACCAAAGAUCCACCCAGGGGCAAUAUGGACUCCCCGGUGUACAGGCAGAGAGAGACCCUCUAAGGGCAUCCCCUCACAUGGGGCCCGGCCCCAGCUCUUCUGGAGCUUCUUCUGGGACUUUCGCCAACUCUGGGCGCCAACUGGGUCACCAGUCAAUGAACUACAGGCCUGAACGUGGUAGGCCCACAAUCGAUGAGAAAAUAGAGAAGUCCAUCGACAUGCAGAUUAGCAGAGCCAGAGAGGAGGUGAGGCUUCUCAGCACACCAAUGCAUCAGCCUACAGGUCAGGGCACUUACUUCACCUCUCAAAGGAAUGAGUUGCUCUCCUCAGGCACAGGGGCGACCUCCUACUCCAUGUCUUCAACCUCUGCCUCUCUCGGACAUUUGGCUAGACAUUCAAAAGCUGAAAGUGGCAGUGGUUCUUUGGACGUGUCAGACUACAAGAGACCCACUGCUGAUGACCCCUCUAAAUUUUAUUCAUCAUCCGCUUCUUCAUCCAGCUAUGCAGAUAGUGGGGACUGUAGGUUUAAUACCUCCAGUGGAAGAGAAUGUGAUGUGUCCAUUCCAGGUUUAGGAGACUAUGACUACCCAGUGCAAGACAAACCUGCAGCCUCUACAGAGUCCAGUCGUCCCAAAUACACCUCAGAAUCAGCUGCCAACAUCCUUCUGCACUUAGGACUUGAAAAAGAGGACUUGGAACAUCUGAUUGCCUACCCUGAAGACCAGACGACACCUGCUAACCUGCCAUUUAUUUUGCGCCAACUCCGCAUCCAGAAAGCCAAGAGGUCUGCAGUUCAGUCAAAACCAUACCCUGAACCCCCAGCCACCAGAGGCAUAAGUGGAAUGGACAGUUUUAGUAGUUCUGGAGGGGCAGGAAUACGCCAGGAGGAGACAUCAUCUUCUAUUCUCCAGCCAAGUAAAGUGUUUGACUAUGGACAUAGAGGCAAAUAUGCUGGUGGAGUUGGAGAUGAGAUUGGAAGGACCGGUGGUAGUAGACCUAAUAGUGGUGGGAUGAAGGACACUUUUCAAAGUGGCAGCCACAGCUGGGACCCACUGCAAAAAAAUACAGUAGCAGGAAGAAGCAGUACCUUGGGUUCUUCCCAUGAUCAGGCGAGUUCUCUUACCAGUCUGAGCUCUUCAUACAGUUCAAUACUAAGCUCUGUGGCCACCUCAAGCAAUGACCCAAGCAAACGAUUGCAGACCCAACAAAACCAGACUCCUAAAGAAACCCUCAGCUCUUUCUCUCUCCCGAAGAAAGAUACUGACAUCAGAAUUUUCAAAACUGAAGCCUCCAAACCUAUUCCUUUGAAAGAACCAGAGGUCAACCAACACCCUAAGCCAAAAACUCAAACAUCCUGCAAUCUGCUCCGCGGUGUGCAUCCCAGCCGACCUGGCCUUGUAGUCAUUGGCACUAAGGAUCAGCGUAAAACUCAAGUACAAGGUUCAGCGGCUGCUGAACAGAUAAAAAAGCAGCAGCAGUUACAGUCAAUGCAGCAGCGACAGCAGGCACAGACUCAGCAGCAACAGCAGACACUGAAGCAGCAGGCACAGAAACAACAGGCGCAGACACAGCAGCAACAGACAGCGCUGAAACCAGCAAUAUCACAUUCACAGAUGGGGCAGACAGUGUGGCCAACAGUUCUGUCCGCAGCAAAACCAGUUCCAACAGUUCCCCUUGCUUCUCAUAUCCCCAGCAUCACUGAUGUCGUGAGGCGUCCAUUGUUUAACCCCAGUGAUCACCAUCGAACCGUUAUGGUUCCUCCUGGGCCAACGCAGCCAAUGCCAAUGAACUUUGUUCAUACAACGCUGCCACCCACCAACUCACAGCCUCCAGCAAAGGUGACAGUUUCCAAGGCUUUGCCAACGCCAGCCAUGAUGCAUGACUACGCAGCAGCCUCACCCAGAAUCUUUCCACAUACCUGUGUUCUCUGUAACAAAGAAUGUACUCAUAUGAAGGAUUGGAUCUGUCACCAGAACACCAGCCUUCACCUUGAGAGCUGCAAACUCCUCCGCAGACAAUACCCACAGUGGGAUGCUGAGGUAGCUGUCGGGCCAAGAGUUGUAAGCAAAGACAUCAAGCCCUCCCCCUCAACCUCUGCACAUACUACCAAGUAUCGUCACCAGAAAACCAGGCAUGGCGGCCGCUCCCGCUCCCACUCCCCGAGUCCACGGCGUAGCCAUGGCUCAGAUGGUAGAAGGGAGAAACACAGGAGCCGAUCACGAUCACCGCACAGCUCCAGAUACGCUCACAGGUCCCAGUCUGAUUCACACCAUCGUUCUCGCUCCAGUUCCCCUGCCUCUUCAUCCCACUGCCAUCGCUCCCGUUCGAGAAGCCACGAGAGACGAUCAUCACCACGAAAAGGCUACGAAAGACGAUCGCCACGGAGGAGUGAUGAGAGACGAUCAUCACCAAGGAGAAGCCGUGAGAGACGAUCGUCACCAACAAGAAGCCACAACAGGCGAUUGUCACCAAGGAGGAGCCCGGAAAGACGGUCGUCACCACAGAGAAGUCAUGAAAAACGAUCGUCCCCCACAAGGACACAUGAGAGAAGAACAUCUAACAUCACCCCUGACAGGUCAUACACCCAACGAAAGAAUUCAAGCGCAGCAGACAGACUGGCUAAGAACCUGUUGAAAACAUCAGGUGUCCAGUCCUUGUCAAACCAGUCUGAUCUUGAGGCUAUGGUUAAAAGUCUGGCUCCUGCCUUAAUGGCUGAGCUGAAAAAGAUGAAUUCCUCCCCCUCUACUCCCAAAGGAGGAAAACGCUCCUCACCUCCACCCUCUACAAGCGGAAAGAAAUCAUCCUCUGCUGCCUCUUCUUCAUCCUCCUGUUCUAUAGCAAAGAAGGAGGUGACUAAAGCGAAAGUCAGCCUGCUGAAGAGUGAGAGUAGUUCCUCUGCAAAGGCUGGUAAAUCCUAUCCUCCAGCUACGGUGAUACUAGAGAACGUUCAUAGUUCCAUCUCUCACGAUGAGGUAGUCACUCAUAUGGAGCGCUUUGGAAAAACAAAAAUGGUUUCACUGUAUCGUAAAGUGCAGGAGGCAUGUGUGUGUUUUGAGAAAGAGGAAGAUGCUAAGAAAUUGAAGAGCACAAAGAAUCUCACCAUAAAAGGAAUUCAAGUCUAUGUUUUCAAACAGAAGGUGACUGUUUCUAAGGAGCAAAUGAAGCCUCUUCAGAGAAAACCUACCACACCCAGUGUCUCCACACCUCAAACCACUAAAUCCACCACUAGCACCACCAGAAAAGCACUCCUUCCUACAUCUAAGAGGCCUCCACUUACAGUGCCUAAUAAGAAGAUUGCUGCCAAAGGUCAGGCAACUGUCACUAAAGCAAAAGUCUUGGUUUCCAAGGCAAAAAAUGUCUCAGCAAAGAAGAUUGCCAAAAAAGUAAAAAAAGGCAAGGUAGCUGCAAAGGGAGCUGUGACAAAAGUUUUGGUAAAACAAAAGCCUGUGGUUCCAAAAAAUCCAUCUGCUGGUGCAUCUGAAAAAUCUGAAAUCACUGUUAAAGAAACAAUGGUGGUGCCAAAAGAAACAGCCGAGGUUGACAAAUCAGCAAAUACAUCUGUUGCUAAAUCAAGUAAAGGCACCAAAAUGGUCACCGAAGAAAAGGUCUCUGCUUCCAGGGCGGAAACAGCCUCAUCUAUGCAGAAACCCAAAACUCCACCAGGCAAAUUGACUGCUGCAGGAGCCAUGACCAAUGAAAAGGAAGAAGGAAUGGCUACAAAGCCCCAAAGUAUACCAUCCAAAUGUACAGCAUCAGAAAAUCACCAUGAAGUACAGACUUCUAAGCUGGAAGAUUCUGAUACCAGAAUUCAACUAUCUGUGAAACCUGCAGCAGAUGUUGUUCAAACAGUAUAUAUGACAGUUUCUGAACCUAAGCAACAAGCAGAACUUUCCAAAGGUGAUGUUGAAGCAAAAGAGGUUAAAGACACUGAACCUAUGGAGCGUGGUGUUAAAGACGCUGAACCAAUGGAGCUUGGGCAAACAGGAGUGAAAGUGGCCGAGCCCAUGGAAAUUGAGGGCAACAGUGAAAAACCAAUGGCUACAGAGGCUGUACCUGAAAUUCCAGCAGUCAAAUCCAAUGAGAGUCAACUACUAACCAGUACAGUUGAGACUCAGCCAGAUGUUUCUCUACCAAUACCUCCUCUAGAUAAUACUCCUAAAUCAUGUGGAGACACCAAUACUCAGACCCCACAAACCACCAUCAAAACGUUCCAGCAGAAUACCUUGCCAGAACCAGAGUCCACUGGACAACAGCUUGAGACAAAAACGGACACUUCACACGUGGAUAGGCAGGUGGCAGGAAGCCCACUUCAAGCUGCUGUGGAGACAAUGUUAACAGAUGGCGCCGUGGACACAAAAACAAUGCAAAAAGAGAAGAUAGAAAUGAAUGCCACUUCAGCCAAAGUUGCCUGCAGUACCUGGACUGAGGCGGUCACAUCUGUCACAACUGCAUCAACAGCUGCAGCGGCGAAAGAGCAGCAACCAACGUCGUCCACGCCUUAUGCAGCUGCAGUCACAAAUCUGACUGUUGGGGAUAUGGCUGAAAAGCACCUGCUUAAAAAAAGAAUACAUUGCAUCAGAGGAAAAAACUGCUUCUCACCACGUUUUUUCUCACUUUCAAAGAAGCAGUUGCUCAUAACCAACCUGCCUAAAUAUCAUGAUGGCUGCUACACUGAGGCGGACCUCACCCAGGCGCUCUUGCCUUUCGGAUUUCGUUAUGAUGAAUCCACCAUCCAUGUCUUUCCUCAGGCGUGCAUGGCUUUUGUCACAAUGCCAUCACCAAAAAAUGCACUGGAUGUGAUUGAAGCCACCAGAUGGAAGCGUUUAAUUUUCAAGAAAGUUCCAAUUGAUGUGAAUGUCUUGGCCGAAUCCAUCCCAGGGACAAGGCUUGGGUUUUAUAAAUUAGUUAUGAAGAUGAUGAAUUCGCCUUCGGUUGAUAACGGAGAGAGAACUAUCUUCAUCCUCAACAUUUCACCAUCUGAGGCCCGGAACCUCAGAGAAGCUUUGAAAAAAAUAGAUUUUGUCAAAAAUUACCUGCUUCUACUCAACAAGGUGUAUGUAGAAUUUGAGUCAAAUGAAGAUGCAGAUCGGUUAGGAAUUUGGUUCAGCCUCCUGAAAGAACCUCCUGGCUAUGAAAUCUACAGGCUGAAAGCACCACACGGUGGCUGUACAUCAGUCCGGCCAAGACUUAUUGAGAAAGCUCUGCCGGACAGCAACAAUGUUGUUGCCAGGGCAACUAUCCCAACAACGAUGGGUGACGUUCCCCAGGGUAGCAUUUCACCAUUUUGGGUCACUUUGAAAACGAGUCCCUUCCUGUUCCCUACCACAUCUCCUUGGUUCACUAUCCCCGAUUACCAGACAGUCAAAGUAAUGGAUGACUUUGAGAAGGCCAACCGUCUGGGUUACAUAUUCCCAACAAUCAUGUUGACUGGAUUGCCAGAAGACUACUACGGACACGAGGACGUCGCCAAGCUGGUCUGGCCAUAUUUUACAAAGCGGAACCUUCACUCCCUUUACUACAACAUCAUAGUCCUCCCACUACAGAGGAGGGCCUUUGUGUAUUUCGAGCAUUUGAAGGCGUGCAAUGAUUUUGUCCGAGACCAGAUAAAAAAUCCGGUUUCUGUCGGUGGCUACAGAGUCUUCGCUCACUUCCUCCAGGAAGACAUGUAUCCUGCAUCCACAGAGGAGGACAUGUACCACACCAUGAUGAAACUGAACAACAUUUGUGGUCCAGACCCAGAGUCUCUGGCGGAGCGGUUGCUGUGUGUGGAGACCUCUCGGACGACUCAUGACGUCAUUAUAGCAGUUAUGGAAGUGGUGGCAUCGUGUGCUCCUAUUGUCAGCUUCCUGCCGCUGGCCAACAGGAUAUGCAUUGAGAUGGCGAACUCCAAUGGUGUAACGCAGGUGGUGGAGAAACAAAACACUUUCACAAGGACCUGUUCGAUUCAUCCAACAAUUUGGAGUAAAGUUCAGCAUUUUGAAUCUGUGAAGAGCCUAAAACAGCGUCUACAAAAUUCCAGUGAGAACACAAUAAACCUCAAAGUGGACCCACCCAUUGUGAAAUGUCAAACCCAACCUCCUUCUAAACUUAUGAAUGAUGGAUCUCAACUUUCUCUGACUAUGAGUAGCCCUGCAUCUGCUAAACUAGUAGACCCUGCUGGAUCCAUCGUUUCCUCAUUGGUCUCAGAAGAAUCAAGCACUACAACUGUAAGUGACAUUGCAAUGAAGGAAGAGGAUAAGGAACCAGAAACUGAGAUUGCAGUGGACUCCUCUGUUGGUCCUAAGUCAAAUGAAGAAGUAGAGAAAACCGAAAUAAAGGAGAAGGUGGGGUCACCAAUGACGACAGUGUCUACCGAUGAUGUGAACCCUACCUCUGCAAUUGACAGUGGAAAGCCGGACACCGCUACUUUCAGCCCUGCCCCCUCAACCAAAGAGGUCAUGCCUUCAGAAGACGUUGCAGAACUUCCUCAUAUUAACGCAGACAUUUUCAAGGUCCUGACAGCAGCAGUUCGGCAGCACAGACUCACACUGGAGAGCAGGUGGCAGAGCAAGGAGAAGGAGCAGAGUCCAAGCAGAGGCAACACAAGUUCAAAGGAUGAAGACACAUCUGAAGAAAAGGGUCAAGAUGAUUUUACAGAUGAUCCAAUUUCGUCAGAUGCUAACCUGUUUGAUGAGCUCGAUUUCAACAUGGAUGACUUUGUCACUGUUGAUGAAGUUGGUGAUGACCUGAGAGAAACAAGCCCUGACCCACAAAUCUCAGCCAAAUCCGCCUCCACAUCCAAACAGUCCUUUAGAGCAAAAAGUGAAAGACAACACUCUGAUGUGUCAUAUACUGCCAAACGGACUUCAGCAAGGUCCUCAAAAGACUCUAAGAGCUCAGCCUAUUCCUCAUCCUCUUCAUACUACUCAUCCAGGUCAACUAGAGGCUCUUCAAAAAGCAGCCCGUCCUCAAGCUCUUCCUUUGCGUCACCAAAAAAGUUGAAGGGCUCAUCUGAGCCCACCAAAUCCCCUGCUAAACCCUCAUCUUCUGCUAGUGUCACUAAGGCCUCUACCUCUUCUUCUUCACUGUCUGCUGAAACCCUCUCCUCCCCUGUUCAGAAAAUACAACAGAGAAAGGCAAAAUCGCCAGCAGCAGCAUCAAGCACUACAUCCCCGAGCACCAGGACCCGGACAUCCUCGGCUGCACAUGAAAGGGAAAAGAUAACAGCAGCAGUGACUGUCGAGUUAUCAAAAGAGAAUUGUCUCGAACCACUUAGAGGAGAAACCAAAGCUGCAGACAGUGCAGUGGCAAAAUCUGACCACAAAGUGUCAGCAGAGGGAACUCCUGCAAAAUCUGAUGAGUCAGAGAUAAAAAUAGAAACAUCAUCAGAGAUGCAUCCACCUCCACAGGGAAAAGGUUUAGACUUGACAAGCCAAGCCCAGAAAGGCUCACCUUUCAUCGGGAAAGAUCCUCAAAGUCUGGAAAUUGAUUUUAAUGAUGACACACUGAAAGACCUGAAGACAAUUAAAGAGGGAGAGAAGGAAGGUUGUGUUGAAAAACAUACAGAAGAAGAGGAGGAGGAGGAGGAGGAGGAGGAUGAAAAGUACCAAAUCCUCGAUUCACUUGAUGACCAAGCAGAUGAACAAAUGGAUGAUGGGGACCAAGAUGGGAGCUGUAAAACCCAGCUAACUGGACCCAAGGGAGGCCAGACUUUACAAGAGGAUAGCUAUCAGGUCUUAGACAGUGUCAACAAUGAAGAGAAAGCCUGCCCAGAGGAGUACAGUGAAUUGGAAAUGGACGAUUCUUUCCAAGUGCUAGACAGUGUUACUGAAGACCAAGCAGCUACAGGUCAAGAGGACAGUCACCUGGUUGAAGAUGACGAUUCCACAGUAAAACAGCUAUCUGAGGAAGAUGUGAUUCCAGUAGUCGACAAAUCAGAUGUUACAUCUGCAGUUGAAAAUGAGGCAAAUAACGAAGGAAAUGUCCAAGUGUUGGAUACAGAGAACAAACAACCUCUAAAAGGCAGCGAAGAUGGACUGAAGAGAAAAGACGAAGAGGUCAAAAGCAAAAUGCUUUCAGCAGAAUUCUCCAAAGUUUCCAAAGAAGAUGAAAGUCCUGAUGGCCAAAUCAUAAAUAAAGACGAUGACAACGAAGACACUUUCAAAGACCGUGACAGUGAUGUUACUGAACAUGAAACCUUUGAGAUAUUGGAUUCAAUUGAUGAUCAAAUGGCAACAGACGAUGACAGCCAAAAACUUAGCCCACACAUUACCGAUAUACCUGAAACGUGUAUGGACCAGAUAUCUAAAGAAGAUGAGGAAGAUGCAUAUCAGGUGAUUGAUUCUGUGGAAGAUGAACCAACGACUAUUGAGACGGAGUCAGAGAUUGGCUACAAGGACAGAAGAACCAGAAAAGUGGAGACAACUCCUCGAAAAGAUGAGAAACCAACAAGGAGUGGCCUCACAACCAGAUCGUCCAAAAAUGAAGAGAGGGACAAGUCACCAAAGAAACAUGAUAAGCCGGUUAGAAAGUAUGAAACGAGAACCAGGAAGGACACCAAUGCAGGAGUUUCUAAAAACGACAAAGACCUCAGAGAAACUCCUGAGGAGAUAGUGUAUGAGAUUGUAGAUUCAGUUGAAGAUGAACCAAUUCAAGUCACCAGCGCUCCUCCUUCUGGUAGAAGAAGGAGUGCAAGAGGAAAGAAAGAGGAUAAACUGACACAGAAUCUCACAGACAGGGAUGGGGAGGUAACAUAUGAGAUUUUAGACUCUGUGGAGGAUGACACUGCCAAAGAUGAACCGACCAUCACAACAAGAUCUACCAGAGGAAAAAGGGAAAGAACAACUAAGACAAAUACUUUCAAAGAGGACACGCCAACAAGAAGGAGACACACUCCUGCCAGAGAUUCACAGGAAAGAACACCAAUGAAGGAAGAGAGAAUGCCUCUAAAAGAGAAUACAACAACAAAGAAAAGUGACACUGUCAUGAAAGAGGUAAGUGAGGAAGAGACUACCUAUGAAAUUGUAGACUCUGUAGAGGAUGAGGUUGUUAAGGAUGAUCCUGCCGCUACAAGAAGAAAAGGAAAAAGGGGAAGACCAAAGAAAGAGGUUAAAAGGGCAUCAUCAAAGAAGGCUGACAAAGAUUCAUCCGAAAAAGCGUCAGAAGAAGAGGCCACAUACGAGAUUCUGGAUUCUGUUGAGGACGAGGCGGCUGACGAUCAGCUCCCCUCAGACAAGUCUGAGAAUGCAAGAAAGGAGACAAUUGCAAACAACAGCAGCAAAUCACCAAGAAAUGAGGACGAGGAGGAAGAACCUAUGUAUCAGAUAUUAGAUUCUUUGGAAGAUGAUCAAGUUCAAGAGGAGCUGACGACUAUAGAGGAGCCCGAUAAAGGGAGCAAGGAAAAAAGUGAGGUAGAAGAUGAAACUUGCCCAAACAAGGAAAGAAAAACUGUAAAAGAUGACAUAUCAACACAUUCUACUGCUGCAGCAGAGGAGUCCGAAAAGGUGGUUGUCAAGGAAGCAACUCCAUAUCAGAUAGUUGAUGAUUUAGGGAAGGUAAAUGAUAAUCCAUCUGCUGCAGAAGAGAAGUUGAAGCAGGAAAGUAAACCUAAAAAAAACAGAUCUCCAACAAAGACCCAAAGAAAUGGGGAAAAGUUGACUAAUCAGAAAUCACCCAAGAAAUGUGACGCAACAGCUUCCGCCAGCGCUUUACUGAACCUGGACGAAGUAAGCGAGGAAGAAGAGGAUUACCCCGAUGACACAGCCGAGGAGGAAGAUGUGAGGAAAAGGCAAGCAAAAGAGAAGCAGCUCGACGAAAUCAGCGAGGAAGAGGAGGAUUAUCCCGAUGACUCGGCUGAAGAGGAAGAAAUGAGGAAAAGUCAAGCGGCCGCAAAAGAGAAGCAGCUUGCUAAGCAGCACAAAGAAAGGACGACCAGGGAAACGGAGGAGAGGGAGCGAAGGAGCCGGAGCAGCAGUACAGAAGGAGGAGGAGGCCCGAGGAGGACAAAGGAGAGGGGGAAGGAAAAGGAGGAGACGGUGAAGGUAGACGCCAAAGAGCUGGUAACUCUGGAUGAGGUGGGAGCAGAUGAGGCCUUAGAGGAAAGAGUACCAGAGAGCCAAGAGGGCGAUGGAGAAAUCACAGAGGCGGAGCUGCAGGCGUUGGUCACUCUGGAUGAGAUUGUACAGGAAGAGGAGGAGGGAAAGGCAGAGCAAAAGACAGCGGAGUCCCGUCCAGCCAACCAGGAAGACGAAUCAGUGGACUCCUUAAACCCAGAGACUUUGGUGACUUUAGAUGAAGCCGGCGAUGAGGACAAGAAGGCGGACGAAGAGAGAGCUGUGGAAGCCUCAAGAUCUGCGAAACGCAAGCACGAUGACGACACAGAGGAAAAUGUGAACUUUGUAACAAUGGACGAGGUGGGAGUGAUUGAAGAGGAGGAGGAAAAGGAAGCGGUAACAACCAGGACAGGAAGCAGAACCAAGAAGAGAACCAGACAGUCUCCUGUGAGAAAAUCCACUAGAGGGAAAAAAGUGAGCGAGAAAGAGGAAGAAAAAGAAGAAGGAAAGGAACCGACUGGCACUGAUGCUCCACCUACUGCUUCACUUGACGCCUCCUCAACAUCAGACAAACCGCCUUCGACUGACAGCCAGGUGGAGAUUCAGAAGACAGUUGUGGAAAAAGAGAUCAAAGCUGCGUCUGCUGGGCCUGAUCUGAAACUGGAGCCUCUUAAGAACCAGAACCUGGAAGGAGUUGUGAGUAAAAGGAAGAGCGAUCUCGACGGACCUGAAGCGAAGCGAUCUCGUUCUCAGUCUCCUUGUGUCCCAGCUGACUUCAAACUGCCACUAUUCAAACCAAACAACCCCCUCGGUCAGGAGUUUAUGGUCCCUAAAUCAGGGUAUUACUGUAACCUCUGCUCUGUUUUCUACCUGAAUGAGACGACGGCAAAGGACGUCCACUGCAGCAGCCAGAAACACUACGACAACCUGCAGAAACAUUAUCAGAAGCUUCAAGUGAAACCAUCAAGAACUUCGACACAAAGCUCUCACAGCUCCAUGUCAGAUUAAUUCCAAACUACCGAUUUUAUUUUUUAAAUUUAUUUUUUAAUUAAAAAAGGUGAAGCUGUACAAGUGAAGUGUCUGCAGCUUCAUGAACCACCGUGGACUGAUUUGUAUAUCAUUACUGUCUGGAGCCUUUCUUUCAUGUAAAUGUUGUUAAUAUAUGUAUAUUUUAGCAUGAAUCGCCCCACCGGGAUUCAAACACGUUUUUGUGCCUUGCUCUGCCUUUAAUUGCAAAGUUAUAUUGCAUAAGUAAAAAGAGGGAAAAACUGGUGAACACUCACUUUUUAAACUUUAAACUCAAUUUUCUUUAUCACUAAAUAAUUACAAUUCAUUUCAAGCUUAGUUACUUGAAGUUUAGACAACAUUAAGGAGCAGAAUCUAAGCUUGCAAUAGAUUCGUUUCUUUGCUUUUAUGGUACAAAACAGAAAGAGGGUGUUGUU